AAACAUGUUGACCUCAGAGCACAAAUACUCCUUUCUUGAACACAGGUCGGGAAUGCAAGCCACAAUGAUCGAAAGAGACAGGCCUUACUGCAAGAUUGUAGACGGCCACAGGCUUCCGGGCAGCUUCUCCGAAGAAGUGUACCGCAGCGGUCUUCGGUACCGGCCCGAGCCGGGAGACGUGGUCGUGGACACCUUCCCCAAGUGUGGCACCCACUGGGUCCUGGGCAUCCUGAAGGCCGCCUACCAAGUGUGCAGGGGCGUAACUCCGGGAUACGGCCUCCUGGAGAAACUCGGACUCGAUGCCAUCGAGAUGUGUGCCAGGCCUCGGAUCGUCUUCACGCACCUGCCGUUCCAGCUGGUGCCCUUUUCGGACGAGGCCAAGUACAUCUACGUUAUAAGGAACCCAAAGGACUGCUGUGUGUCCUUCUACCACCACACCAAAACCAUACCAGCGUACAAGUUCCAGGAUGGCACCUUUGACGAAUACUUCGAGAUCUUUCUGGACGGGCGCACCGACUUCGGCAGUUACUACGAGAGCCUGCGUUCGUGGUACUCCAAGAGGAACGAGCCCAACGUGCUCUUCCUCACCUACGAAGGCAUGCACGCGGACGUCCGAGGAUCUGUGCUGAAGAUAACGCGCUUCGUAGACGCCGGCAUUGCGGACGAACUGGCGAGGGACGAAGACAAGAUGAGGACAGUUCUGGAGAACUCGAGCGUUAGCAGCAUGAAAAAAGAGUUCGCCCUGCAGUUUGUCAGAAAGGGCACCGUGGGAGACUGGAGGAACUACUUUUCGCCAGAGCAGUCACGAAGACUGGAGGAGAGAUUCUUCCGCGAAGUGGCAGGUACAGACAUUCCUAAGCUGUGGGAAAGUACCGACUGGCUUCUCGAUGAAACGAAGACCUGAACAAUCUCCGUAUAUUCC